GACAGUUGCGCUACUCCAAGAGUUUAGAAGCACUCAGACGAUCUACUCCCUCCCGGAAAACAGAAGAUCUACUCCCUCGUUGCUUCCUGCUGGCCAAGGGAGACUCUAUCUCGUCCUCCGCUUCUUCACGCUAAUUGGCGGUGUUUUUAAUGGCGACUGAAGCGGAGACUGUUGCUAAGGAUGAUUCCCUGUCUGCAAAAAGGUUGGAAGGGAAAGUGGCGAUCGUGACGGGAGGAGCGAGAGGGAUCGGGCGGACCACGGCGGAGCUCUUCCACCAGCACGGCGCCAAGGUCAUCAUCGUGGACGUGCUGGACGAGCUUGGGCAGUCCGUCUGCGCGGCGCGGGGAGACCCCGACGGCUUCCUCUACUCCCAGGGCGACGUUACCGUCGAGGCCGACGUCGCGGCGGCCGUCGACCUCGCCCUCGCCCGCUUCGGCCGGCUCGACAUUAUGGUCAACAACGCCGGCGUGAGCGGCGGGAAUGAGCGCCACGACAUCCGCGAGAUGGAGCUAGACAGAUUCCGACGGGUGUUAGCCGUGAACGUCGACGGCGUUUUCUUGGGCAUCAAGCAUGCGGCACGGGCCAUGGUUCCGAGGCGGAGCGGCAGCAUCGUGUGCAUCGGCAGUGUGGCCUCGACCAUGGGAGGUUUCGGCCCCCACCCAUACGCGGCGUCCAAGCAUGCCGUCCUCGGGCUCACCCGCAGCGCUGCCGCAGACCUUGGCCGCCACGGCAUCCGCGUCAACUGUGUCUCCCCCUACGGCGUGGCCACUCCGCUGGCGAUUCCCUUCUCCGAGGGCGGCGACUCCUCCUCCUCCUCCAUCGACGGGUUCCACCACUACGUCGGCCAGUUCGCCAACCUCAAGGGGGUGAACCUCACCGUCGACGACGUCGCUCAGGCCGUGCUCUACCUCGCCGGCGAUGAGUCCAAGUACGUGAGUGGUCUCAACCUGGUGGUUGAUGGCGGCUUCACAUGCGUCAAUCACAGCUUCGGCAUUUACAAACCAUGAAAACUCUCGCGCCAUCCACGCCGUUAUUAGGAUUAUAUGAGGAUGAUUACGACUGUGAUGGCGCUGAUCCCCUUUGUCCGUCUCUCCCUCCAGCUCUUUUGAGGAAAGAAUUGUAAGGAUCAUUACCUUUCCUGUAGUUUCCUUCGUGACAGUGUGGCUUCUACUUCAUGUGUUUCACUCACGAAUGUUAUCGUACUGUGUCGUAAAAAUUGGUUUUGAAUCUUCAAAUUCUGUUGAAUAAUUGACAAAAACAUUUAGGGAAUGUUUGAUUA